AUGGUUCGAGCUAUUCGAGGCCUCCUUACCCUCCUUCCGUUCGCGGUUCUUCUCAUUGCCAUCGUGCAGGCUACGCUCGCUUCGUCUAUUGCGGAGGAGCGCUCCGCUUCUGCCACCUUCUCCCAUGGAUUGCGUCGACGACGAGCCCUUGCUGCACGACAAGACCUCAUCCCUCGCGCCACCCCGGACGAGAUCGAGCGAGCUUUCGAGAUCCUAAAGCGCUCCGAGUUCUGGACCUCUGACUUUCAGAAGAGGGCUGCGCUGACCUCGGGUAGAUCUGGGAGCAACGAAUGGAGCGUAAACGAUGACAGCCAGAACAUCUGCUUCUGUGUCAAUCGAGAUGCUGCUGCUACCGCCGGCUCUGGUGCUGCGGUAGAUGCCACGUCUGGUUCGUCGUCCAGCGGUAGCUCGAGCUCCGGUUCGCACGCUUCGGCUGGAUCCAAGGCCGUGUCGCAAGCCUCGUCGGGCGCAAGCUCGUCAGCUUCUUCGAGCUCUUCUGCCGGCUCGUCGUCAGGCUCCAAGUCCAGCGGUGACUCGUACAACCCUACUUACGUUUACAACAACUCGUAUGAGAACCGCAAGUCUUCCAACGUGACCAACAACAGCCAGAACAUCACCAACGUCGACGAUUCGACUCAUGAUUCGCACGACACUUACAACACCAACGAGACCUCGACCACCAACAAUGUCCACGAGAACAACCACAACGACAACUCGUCGCAUACUUACACGGACAACAGCAACAACUACCAGGACAACAGCCACAACUACGAGGACAACUCCGAGACCAACAACGACAGCAACAACACGAACAACUCGGCCACCUCCACCUCGACUUCCACUGUCAAUCACAACAUCGACAACUCUCAGCACACCACCAACAACACCACGAACAACAGUGACGGAGGUUCUGGCAGUAGCAGUAGCACCAAGAACACGGGCAUCGAUGCCAGCGGUUCUAAAGCCAAUGUCUGCAUCCUUGCCUCGUGCAACUGA